AUGUGCACAGUACUGCCAUGUGGCCAGGCAGAUGACAAUGUUAAUGACUCAAACAUCACAGAAACUCGAACUACAACUACAACAGCUACAGCUACAGCCUCCACGACCACUUCCAUAUCACUCCUUGCAGCGCGCAUUUCUGGACAUUUUGACUUUGUAGCAGACCGGGUGGAUGAUGAAGCCGUGGAGCUUGCCAGCGAAGUUAGCUUGUCUGAAGCCUUGGGCGUAGCCGUCUGGCAGUUGAAUGUGACAGUGCUUCCCACAGAGAAUUCUUGGCACGUGUUGUACACGGUCGACCUCGGCGCUGAGUUCCGACACGUUCUUGUUGCGGGUCACCGGGUGCUGGUGGACAGCAGCAGUUUCCAAGCCAUCUUGUCACAGGAGCUUGCCAGAAGAAGUACUUCUCCGCAGAGGGUGACUGAGACUUUCAAUCUUCUUGUCUUUGCCGCACUCCAAAUCCAGGAGAUUGAUCCAGCUAUCCUAAACUCAACAUCCACCACUGCAACCUCGCUGACGCAGACGACCACUACAACAACUCAAACCGUCCUAGUGUCACUCAAACUCUUGUCCGCCACAGUGCGAGAGCCUUUCAAUUCAGUGCUCUUUGGGUUCAAUGUGCCAGCCCGCUUUACCGCUCCUUCGGACGGCACAGGCUGUCGCCCUGCAGCGUUUUCAACCCAAACCUGGGAGUCGCUUGGACAUCUUCCUCAUUGCCGAUGGGUGAAUGCCAGCCAGCUGGAAAUCAGAUUUGGCAAGGGCGCAACGGCACAGUUGGGACAGAUCCUCGUAACUUCUCCGGCCGGCUUUGAGCCCAUGGGAAAUGUAGCAUUUUUGGAUUCGCCGCCAUUUCAAGCUGUGCUGGAGGCAGAAGCAAUGGGGCGAGUCACGCCCCGCCUCUCGCAUCCAACUGCAGUUCAGUCCUGCAGUCGCGUGACUUUCUCGAUCCUGGGGUCCAGAGGAGGUGCAGGACGUCCCCUACAGGUGAAGUGGUCCAUUAACCUUCCAACCUUCACGGUGGUGAGAGACUCUCUACAGGCGAUGGUCGAUGCCGCAAAUGCUGAAGGUUCCCGUGCCCUCGAGUUUCCGCCAGAAAAUUUCUCAGUGGCCGUACAGCGGGCCCGCAUUGUACUUGGCGAAAUUUCAUAUGCAAAGGUUCCGAUCCAUGUGAACAUCACCGCUCAGGUCUCCAACUGGCUUGGUGCAACAACCAGCGCCUCAGGCAUGGUGACUGUCCUUAAGGAGGAGGAGCCUCUGCCUGUCUUGGUGGCUACUUCACCUAAGGUUCAGCAUGUUUCGACUCAGGAGGAGACCAUAUUCAGCAUCAUGACGCUGUCCAACAAGCUGUCGGAAUGUGUUGACCCUCUGAACACCAGUUCGCUGAACGUGAAGGUGGAGUGGGAGUAUAAACCUGAUGCCGGCAGGAUCUGGCACAGCCUGCAGACGGUGCAGAAUCUGACUGAUAUCUCCAACGCACCGAACACCCUCAGGUUUGCGCCGUUCACUUUUCCACCCAACACAGCCCACCAAUUCAGAGUGCUCGUCCAGUAUGAAGGCACAACUGUGAUGAGACGGCCGAAUAUUACUUUCAAUCUAACAGUGGCUUCAAGGCAGCCACCCGUGGCGAAAAUUCAGGGCCCAAGCGAGGUCGGCGCCAGCUGCCCUUUUGUGUUGAAUGCAUCGCAAUCUCGGGAUGACUGGACGCGGGAUGCCGAGUUGGUGUUCAACUGGUCCUGCGCCCCGCUUGACGGUGCUGGAAGCUGCAAUGUGCAAAACUUUGCCGAAGGGAACUUUGCUAGAGCAGAUGGCAGUGGUGUGAAUGGUGCGCUGAUGAACGGCCGCUACAUAUUUGGGCUAUCGGUGAGUCGGCAGUCGGAUUCACUUGCAGAUGCAGGAAACGCAACAAUUGAAGUGCGGGUGGUUGCAGGUGCCAGGCCUGCAAUUUCCAUCGCAGUUCCAUGGGAGACGGAAGCGGGAGCUACCCAGCACCGCAUUGAUUUGAUAGGUUUCGGUGGCUUCCGAUGUGGGAAUGCUUGGGAUGGUCACCGCACAUGUGGACCAGACGCGAGGGUGCAGUGUGCUGGGAGCUCAGACAUCGUUACCUCCAAGUUGCAGUUUUGCGAACGGAGCAUGUUCCAUUACAAUCUCUUGCUGCUUGAUCGGUUGCCAAGCACUUGGGCAUCUCGGUUCCUGCUGGUGGAGCAUGUGGCGCCGUUUGAGGUUCUAGCGUUUUUGGCCUUCUUCACCACGACAUCCACGACAAUGUCCACAACGACAACGCAGACGACCACAACGACGUCGACCACUAGUGUGACGACCACAUCGACAACCGAGAUGUGGGACAACGAAUCUCUGAGUGAGGGCCGGAAUGUUUCAGACUCUGACAUCGUGGGUGACGAGGAGGAUGAAGUUGAGGAUGACAAUGGCUCGCUUGGCGAUUGGCAAAACAUCUCAACUGACGGUGUCAUGACGGACCCAGAAAGGCUGACCUUUGCCACCAAUGACUUUCCAAGAGGUCUUCUGACCCCGGGACGGCUCUACUCCUAUGCGAUCAUCUUUGCAGAUGCCGAUGAACUUGCUGCACUGGAAGGGAACGAUACAUCAGAUCUCGAGUCGCUCUCGAGGAUCGACUCGGUGGCCCUGGCAGUCUCGGUCCCAUUUCAGGCCGAUUCGCCACCGAGCAGAGGUAGGGUAAUCGUCGCCCCGUUGUUGGGCCAAGCACUGGUGACAACUUUCAGAAUUGCCACUGCAGAUUGGGAGGAUGAGGACGCAGAGCUGGAGUACGCCUUCUACCGCUUUCCUGUCAAGGGGACGGGUGGGCUGCAAGAAGCCGCUCGACUGGCCCAUGGAGUCAGCGGCCUGCCUGAAAGGAGCGAUGGGCCCAGUCCGGAAGGUGAAGGCUUUGAGAGUUGGAUGCAUAGCUUCGAGAUGCCGGACAUAGAGCUUUGCCUCCAUAUCGCUGGCUUCAUUGAAUGGAACGAUGCUUCGCACCCAUCACACUGGCGCAAGCAGGGAGGCGUGUUGAUGAGAUCUUUCUCCACAACGCCAACUUUGGAAGAGAUGCGCCUGCCAGCAGGGGCAUUCUAUGUAAUCGUCAGGGCGAGGGACAGCACAAAUGCUGUAGGCACUGAGUUUCUUGCGGCACCAUUGGUCACUGCGGUCGCUGAUGUUGAUGAGAGCAGCAUGGUAGAGCUCCUUGAUGCAGCGCAGAGCAGCAACGAUGCCAAUUCGAUCAUCAAUGCAGUUGAUACUGUGGUUUCGUCGGCCCAUACAGCUUCAGAGGACACAGCGCAGCUGUCUCUGCAGUUGCUCCUGCAAGCCACUGCCCUCCUGACUUCUCCGGAGGUUGCGACGAAGUGCGUAGAAGUAGUGACCGCAGUCCUGAUCGGCGUUUGGAACGGUGGUCACACAGUGGAAGGUGCUACUCUGCAGAGUGCCAGCCUUGCCAUUGACGGUGCCUUGGAUGCCUUGGACAUGGUCAGCACAGAUGCAGCGGAGAAAGGACAGCUUGUACUGGAGGGAAUCGGCACCAUCGGGGCAGCAACUGUAGCAACCGCCCAGAGUCUGGACACAAGGGAUAGUGCACGAUUGACGGCACAAGUCGACAGCCUCACAGCGAAGCUUGCUUCCAGGAUGCUCUCCCAGUUGGGCCAAGGCCUAGUGCAACAGGUGAAUGCAGGCGAUGCAACUGGCACAGGGGGUGGCUCCGGCCUCAAGGUAGGCAAGCUUGGAAGGCUUGCCAGUCCCAACGUUCGCCGCUUGAACUCCGUUAGCUGCUCGGAUGCUUCCAAGUUGAUGGAGCUGUCGGUGCUCCAGAUGGUUCAUCCCCUGCUGGCCUCUGACUUUGACAGCGCUACCCCCUCGCUUCCAGCAUCUGGGCCGAACGUGGAGUUUCAAGAUGGCGUAUGGCGAUCCACAAACAUGUACACCUGGGCCAAUCCUGCCUUGGGCGUGAAUGUUCAUGUGCCAGCAGACGCAACCAUCCGGAGCUUUACAGCUAGUGCAUGCGGAGGCCCUGUCACACUUUUCAACUUGUCGGACCCUCUGCAUGUUCGACUCACUCUGCCACCGCCGGGAUCCCCGCCAACUGGAUACUUUCUGAUGCCUGCCUGUGCUAAGUGGCAUGAAGCCGACAGUGCCUGGAAGAUGGAGGACUUGCAGGUGCAGGACGUGGAGACAGCGACCAUGCAGCUAACCUGCGUUUCCUACGAGGGCACUGGCGUCUACACGGCUUUCCACUCCCCAACACCAGAGCCCACCUCAACGUCCACGACUUCAACAGCUUCAGCAACGACAUCGACGAGCUCCACGGCGACAUGGACGUCUAGCACAGCCACCAGACCGCUGACAGUAACUGUGUCUUCCAGGACGAUUACCUCUACGAGCGUGGUUUGGUGGGCGACUGCAGUCACGACCCUGGAUAUGAACGUCCCCUUCUGCAGCGAGUCUGUGAUGCCUCCGUCGCCUCCAGGAGCAGCGCCCUUCACUUGUUAUGGGCCCCGUCGGGUCGGCCAGGAAUGUCGUGCUAAAUGUGAUCCUGAUCCGUUGAAAACAGAGACUGCUGCAAUAUCAUGUCGGGCAGACCCUUUGACCGGCACUUUGAGUUGGGCCUUCUCGGCGGUCUGCCCAUCCCCCACAGAGAUGCCACUCGUUGUCACGACUGAGACGCCAACGACCAACUUUGAAGUCAUGAACACAUAUGGCAUCAUUGCAAUUGCCACCCUCGCGUUGUUCUUGUGCAUGGCUCUUUGCUGCUCACUGUCGUGGCAUUUUCGGGCAGCAGGACUGGCAAAGGCGAGCCGUGUGGCACCCGAUGUGCCGCAGAAACCCUCUGAAGUGUCAGAUCGGUCGCUGGCCUCACAAAAGUCUGUAAGAACAGCAUCGGAUCAGCUACUGUUCCAGACAUGGGCAGUCGAGAGCGCCAAGUGCUUGCCGUCCCCGACCUUCCGCAACAAAUCCGAGCCGACACAGCCUGCCCGACCCGGUGCGGAUGACGAGCCGUAUGAGCCUCCAGCACAUGCAGGUGACCUUCACACGCUCACUGUUGAAGGAAGCUUCUGGGAUUGGGCCAAGGAAUGGUCCCAUGCCUCCAUCGUGCAGGUGGCUGUGCCUGAUCCAGCAUUGCAGCUAUCCGAGCAGGUGCCGGCUCCGGAUGAGGAUGCAGACGGAGAGAUGGAGGAAGAGGAGGAAGAGGAUGACGUGGGUGAGAUGGUGAUGGCGCAAGCUUUGCUUCUGCAGAACAUCGGUUCCGACUCAGAAUCUCCGAGGCGAUCAGGGGCGCUUCCUGGCAUUGUGUCCUUCACAUUCAGGCACAAGGCCGGUGAUACAAGUGACACCAGCACCCGCAUCCUCGCAGCCCGAAGCAGUCAGAAGCUGAGCUUUGCCGAGCGCGAACUGAAUUCCGUCCCACACAAGACCGUACGGCGCAUUCGAAGACGGACAUGGAAGAUCAUGGAGCCAGGUCCAACUGGCUUGGAGGGCCAGCUCGCAGAAGCUUCAGCCGACGCAGAACCCGAAGUUCCUCCCGUGCGGGUUUAUGUGCUCGAGACAAGUUCUGGCGAAACUGCUGUUGCAGUCGAGCGAUCUGAUGGCAAGAAGUGGCGCUUCAUGCGCAAUGCGAUUGACUUCGAGCUCCGGUGUUCGAGUGAUGAGCUUCAACACUGGCUCUCCGGCUUAGUCUCCGAGCAGUUGCCGGGGCUGCUGACUCUGCUUGGUGGCGAAGUCCAAAGCCGAGGUGCUGCUCUCAAAGCCGCGGAGAAGGAGCGUGAUGCACUGAGAGGCACAGAGGACUACAGCUUCUUUGGGCUCGAUGGCCAAACCUGCACUGAAAAAGAUAUUGACAAAGCCUACCGGCAACAGUCAACGCGACUUCAUCCUGACAAAGGUGGGGAUGAGGAGUCCUUCAACAACAUGCGAGAGAAGUACGAGCAGCUAAAAGCCUUGCGCGGCGAGAACCAUGAGAAGCGAAAGGAGGGGGGUGGCUCCAUCAAGUGGGAUGCAAAGAGCAGGCAGUCGAUGCUUCGUGCCCAUGGCGAUCUCCGCGAUCAACUUGUGUGGAUCACGCGUCACCGUACACAGGUCGAGGAGGAGCUGCAAGCGCUGCGGCUGCGCCAGGUCAAGCUUAGCCUACCCUCCACGCAACUUCCUCAAAGCCCUUGCUCCUGA